AUGGCGAACUCCCUCGAAGGCUGUGUCUCCUCGCUGCGCUCUUCGAUGCAACUCCUCGACUCUUCAAUAUCGAUCCUCGACUCCGGUGUCAACGACUUCCCGCGCUUAGCAAAGGUGCUUCAAACCACACGACACUUCGAACUCAUCUCCGAACCCGAUCUUAUCGCCGCGCAAGCCUCCCUCCUCUCCGAGAUCCGCCCCGAAGUCGACAACCUCCUUAACCGCGUCUCCAACUACCUCGACAAGCUCGAGCGGCGCGAGCAAUCUCUCAUCGCCAAGUGUGAACUGAACGAAGGGCGACUUUCGCGAGACAGCAGCUCUGCCUUCGCCAAGCCGCAGAAUGCGCGAAAAGCAAGUAGUAGCUACGGGGUCUCGCGGCAGAGUGUUGGCGGGGUUAGUGCUAUGGAGGAGUUCAAGAUCAAGCAGCUGAGGCAGAAGAAGGAGAGGUUGAGCUACGCGGUGGAGCGGUUGACGAUGCAGGCGCAUCAGAGGGAGAGGCAGUUGAGGAUGAGUAUGGCGGCGCCGCAGCAGCAGUUUGAGUAA